GACACCGCUUUCAAAAACUCCUGAACUGCACUUAAGACAUUUUAUAAUUUGCUCCAGAAAAGCCAAAUGCCAUCCCUUGUAGAAAACGUAAUGACAAGGGUAUUUCAUGCUGCGUUUUGCAAUGCCCAUUGGAGGUUUACACCGGGGGCAUUUCCUGACCCAUUCUUCUGACUGGCAUCCAUUGCCCAUAGGCUACCAUGUAAAAAAUAAAAUGUACGGUAUAGACCGUGCAUGGUACUUUUUAUACGGAAUAGUGCAGCAGACUAUGCCAUUCCAUACGCUGAUGUAUACCAACCAAACGGACCCCCCUUUGGGCACCGUCAGCUGAAUAGGGGCCAAUUAGCACCUUUUGACUCGUACGCCAGGAGCUUUCCCAGCCCAUACAGCAAAGGAUGCACGGUGUGAAUAUAGCCUAAGACCCGGCAGAAGGACAACUUCAGGGACGUCUGUUGCGUGGGGACCAGGAGACUGAAUGGUUAACAGUGCGGUUGCUGUUUUAGAGAUGAAGCAGAGCCCAACCCUACGUCAUCAUCCUCCAGCAGCACCCCUCACUGCCCUCUGCAUAUCUUUCGUUAUUUCCCAGCCCGUCUACGCUUCCUUCUUGUGCAUUUUUUUUGUGCCCUCCACCCUUCCCUUCCCUGAUAUUUCCUAUGCCCCCUUGGCAGGCGGUUUCCUCUCUUUCGCGCUCACCUGCUCCUCUCUCUGUCUCACCCCCCUCAUCCUCUUCUUCAUCCAUGCUCCUCCUCGCACUUCUCUCUCAAGUGCUGUGACUUACCAAUGAGGCGCCUCCGUCGUCCUAAUAACCCACACUCCAAACUAGGACCGAAGACCGGCGCCCGCAGGCUGGGCGAUGGGCAGCUGCCACUUCUCUUCUCCUAUACACGGGCAGGCACCGCACACCGUGCACCGCAGGUGCAUUUGGAUCGCUCCCAGUCUCUGACUGCGCUGAAUCUUCCGCCCAGCAGAUCAGCCGCCUCCUCCGCUGACCGCCCCGUGCCGUGCCCCCUCCGCAACGAGAACGCUAUGGAUACGUUCUUUAAAAGGCACUUCAGGAAGAAGCCCGCGCCUCCCCCUUCUGAAAUGUCCUGCCCCCUGCCUUUACGGAGGUGUAACGUGGUCGUCACCACUGGCAAAGCCCGCCGUCGAUCCAGUGCCGGCCUGGCGUCCACCACCCUGUCCAUGCAGAGACGCUGUUCUGUGACUCAGGUGCCAGCUCUCCCGAUUGGUUUGGCCACUCCAGCAAGUGGCGGGAGGAAGGACGGACGCAGGAGGUCAAGUACAACCACCCCAGGCCUGAGUCCACGAUUUGCCGUUCAGAAGAGACGGGCGGGGAAGUUGCACUGUAUCGAUCGUCAGCUCUUGGGGCCUUCCAUGUUUCUCGCAAGCCUUAUCCAGAUGAAAAAAGAACCAGAGACCAAAAAGGAAAACUCUGAAGAGGAAGAAUUGGAAGAGACGUCUGAGGAAGGAAGCGACCAGGAAAACGGCUCCCAGAGUUCUUCUGCCAUGUCCAGUAGCAUGGAGAUAUGUGACCCUCAACCCAUGACUCCUGACUCCACCACUGACCAACGCAAACUAAAAGCCAUUGCCAAAUCUGGAGCCCAACAUCUCACACCUUCAUCAUCAUCCAAUGUGCUGCACAUUGACUCGGAAACGCACAUACGCAGUACUGUGGACUGGAGCGAGUCCGCUCUGUACGGUGAUCACCUCUGGUUUGAGACCAAUGUGUCUGGAGAUUUCUGUUAUGUGGGGGAGCAGUACUGCACAGCUAAGAUACAGCAAAAGUCGGCGUCCCGGAGGAAGUGCGCGGCGUGUAAGAUAGUGGUUCACACUCCCUGCAUUGAGCAGCUGGAGAAGAUAAAUUUCCGAUGUAAGCCAUCAUUCCGUGAAUCUGGUUCUCGCAAUAUACGGGAGCCAGUAAUUGUUCGGCAUCAUUGGGUACACCGAAGACGUCAAGCGGGGAAAUGCCGGCAGUGUGGAAAGGGCUUCCAGCAAAAGUUUGCCUUUCACAGCAAAGAGAUUGUUGCCAUCAGCUGUUCGUGGUGCAAACUGGCAUACCACAACAAAGUCUCAUGCUUCAUGCUGCACCACAUAGAGGAGCCCUGUUCUUUAGGGGCUCACGCUGCUGUCAUUGUGCCCCCUACAUGGAUUAUUCGAGUGCGCCGACCACAGAGCUCAAUCAAAUCCAGCAAGAAGAAGAAGAGACCGUCAUUCAAGAGGAAACCCAGCAAGAAGGGAGCCGAGGAGCCUAGGAUGCGACCCUUCAUCAUCAGACCUGCCCCAUGCCCUCUCAUGAAACCCGUGCUCGUGUUUGUGAACCCGAAAAGUGGAGGAAAUCAAGGUGUGAAGAUCCUUCAGUCCUUUAUGUGGUAUCUGAAUCCACGGCAAGUGUUUGACCUAAGCCAAGGUGGUCCAAAGGAAGCGUUAGAGAUGUAUCGGAAAGUUCCAUCGUUGCGCAUCCUGGCGUGCGGAGGUGAUGGCACUGUUGGCUGGAUUCUCUCUGUGCUGGAUCAGCUGCACCUUUUUCCUCCUCCACCCGUUGCCGUCCUCCCUCUCGGCACAGGGAAUGACCUUGCCAGAACACUCAACUGGGGUGGGGGUUACACAGAUGAGCCCCUCUCUAAAAUUCUUAGCCACGUGGAGGAAGGAUCCGUGGUCCAGUUGGACAGGUGGAACUUAGAAGUGGAGCGAAACCUCGAGGCCUUUGAAGAGGACCGAGGCGAAGGAGCAACCGAUAAACUGCCUCUAGAUGUCUUCAAUAACUAUUUCAGCCUGGGAUUUGACGCUCGAGUCACUUUGGAAUUCCAUGAGUCCAGAGAGGCUAACCCUGAGAAAUUUAACAGCCGAUUCCGCAAUAAGAUGUUCUAUGCUGGGACCGCCUUCUCAGACUUUUUGACUGGCAGCUCCCGAGAUUUGGCCAAACACAUCCGAGUUGUUUGUGACGGCACCGACCUGACAGCUAAAAUUCAGGAGCUGAAGUUACAGUGCUUGGUGUUUCUAAACAUCCCUCGGUACUGUGCUGGCACUAUGCCAUGGGGCAACCCUGGUGAGCACCAUGACUUUGAACCUCAGAGGCAUGAUGACGGAUGUAUUGAAGUGAUUGGCUUCACUAUGGCAUCAUUGGCUGCCCUACAGGUUGGAGGACAUGGAGAGCGCUUGCACCAGUGCCGAGAGGUCCUAUUACGGACGUACAAAUCAAUUCCCAUGCAGGUUGACGGCGAACCAUGCAAGUUGGGGCCCUCUGUAGUGAAGAUUACGCUGCGCAACCAAGCCAACCUUGUCCAGAAAACCAAGAGGCGGACUUCUCUCCCUCAGCUUAACGAUCAGCAGCCGGUUCCGGACAGAUUGCGUCUGCGCGUCAGUCGUAUUUCCAUGCAUGACUAUGAGGCUUUGCACUAUGACAAGGAGAAGCUAAGGGAGGCCUCUCUCCCACUGGGAGUUAUUGUGGUCCCUGGAGACAGUGAUCUCGAGACGUGUCGUAUACACAUACAGCAGCUCCAGGAGGAUUUUCCCGAGUACCCCACAAUCUUGCAGCGUCUCAGCCUGAAGGAGGAUGGAACGAACAAACCUCACAGUGUGUCCUCGCAGAAACUGUCCCCGAAAUGGUGCUUCUUGGAUUCCAACACUGCGGAUCGCUUCUAUAGGAUUGACAGAGCACAGGAGCACUUGAACUUUGUGCUGGAAAUUUGUCAGGACGAGCUGUAUGUCCUGGACCCAGAGCUGAUCAUCACUCAGUCUGUGGGCACUUCUCCAGCCAUGCCUGACUCCAAGGACCAUUCGGCAAGCCCAACAAGUCAACAUUUCCAGUUCCCACUACAACCACCAUCCACACCCAUAGACUCUCCUGCAGUAUGGGAGCUUCUGCCGGGAUCUGCUUGCCGGGGCAGGGCGUGUAGUGACAGCUCUUUGAACAAAAUGGAUGUGUCAUCUGGACAAAGGAAUGGUCAUGACAUCUCAGAUUAUAACCCUGAUGAAGUUUUAUUGGAAUCUGCAAAAAACGAUGACCUUCAAAAGUUCAGAGAAGCACAUCGUGCCUGCGGCAACCUGACUCAGAGGGACUUCAAUGGCUGCACGCUGUUACAUCACGCAGUCAGUGCUGGGAGCAAAGAGAUUGUCAGAUAUAUCAUUGAGAAUGCUCCAUCUGAGAUCCUGGAUGUUGCUGAGCUGAAGAACGGGGAGACCGUGCUGCACCUUGCGGCUUCUCUACGUCAGCGCACCAUCUGUCAUUACAUAGUGGAGGCAGGGGCAUCGCUCAUGAAAACAGAUUUGCAGGGAGACACUCCAAAAAAUCGGGCUGAGAAAGCGAAGGACUCGGAGCUUGCUGCAUAUCUGGAGAAUAGACAGCACUAUCAAAUGAUUCAGAGAGAAGAUCAGGAAACAGCCGUGUAACAAGAGGCCUCUUACCCAGAAAGACUCGCUUCUUUAUACAAAAAACUAAAAUUCCUUAUCCCCGGUUCUGGGGGAGGAAAUUAACCUUUCCCAUCCCCCUCUAUCUUUCAAGAAGCCUUACUGUACAUCUCGAAGCCCUGCCAUUUGUCCUGGGCAAGAACCACUAGCUUCCUAUCAACAGAUACUCCCAACGUGCCAGUGUUUCUUAUGUGGAAACCUGUGAACCUUGACUACCUGUUUAUAAGAACGUUCUCCUGACCGAGGAAGUGCGCAAGCUGUGGACAAUCUACAGAGACUAUGGCUCUAGGACUAACUAAAGUAAUUCCACCUAUUCUUGAUAUGCUUCCAUCCUAGAAACGUCCUCCUUUAGUGACCUACUCACUGUGUUUAGCUCCCAAUUUAGCGCCCUUUUGGUAUUCACAUGUGCCAGGCUAUUUAGGGCCCAUGGCUCCUGGUCAUUUCUGAAGACGUAAGACUUCACCUCGUACGUACUCUUACUUCUUCUCGGAUCCCAUAGGGCACACGACGGCCCUGAUCUUGCACAUAUGGUCUCUAUAACUGGGGCUAGUUUACAUGCGUUUUUGUUGUUCACCUCUCCAGUGAUGGCUCUGAUCACUUCUCUUUUGUGUAAAGAUGUAUCUGUUGUUUUUAUGACUUUCUUGUUAUUGUUUAGAUUUUUUUAUUUUUAUUCCUUAAUAGUCGUGUGCUGUGUAGAUAUAGAGACCUGCAGAAGUGUAUGUACAUGUAGUCGAACAGACCCUCUACACGCAGAUACUGUCUUAUUUAUCGAUCCAGUAUCACUAGACCUGUGAAUUAGAGCAGGAUGAUUUUUUGUUUUUUAGCUUUUAUUUUUUUUUGUACAUAAAAUGUGUGACUCAUUCAUGUCCAGGGUGUUAUUCAAGUGUUUACACUGGAUCGUAACGCCAUCGUGGUGAAGCCAUUGCUAGGUGUAAACCGUAACCUGUCAGUAUAGCCCCAUUGACCCUGGUUCAUUUCAUCCAUCUUGCUUACGGCAGCCAUUUUGAAUCCGUUGGGCGGUCGCUGUGCUGAAGAGGUCUUCUGAUGUGCACUUGGUGUUAAAUCGGGGUGCCAGAAACUGUACCAUUGUGUAGCCUCGGCCUACCAGUGACUGAUUUGGCUGUCUUUGAUACAUGUGGGUUCACCAUAAGGCUAGCGCAGCAGCCAUGUUGUCAUUUCUCUUGCCGAAACACCUUUGGUGUAAUUUUUUUUAGUUGUUUUAUUUAACUUAUUGCCUAUUUUUCUUAUCCAUGUUCUACUUUUUCAUUUUAUAGUAAGAUUAGAGCAAAGUCUCUGACCAAGGAAUGACACGUGUAAGACCAGAACAGUAGCCAUUUUAUUGACUUCUUUUAAUCUACACAAAACACCGUAGCUUGACAAUCAAAGAUUAAUUUUAAGGUUGUGCGGUGAGUUGCCUUUUGCCCUAGAUCUCUAUUGUCACAAAUGGAUCUAUAUAUACAAACCGGAAUUGCAUGCUCCAUCCUCAGCACUUUACUGUUGCAAAGGAUUGGUAAAAAUUAAAAACUUUGCAGAUUGCCAGGGGUUAAUAAGCAAUAUGUCUGCCAUAUGCAGAAUUAAGUGCAUUGAAACCUGAAUGUUUAAUGUCUAAUGAGCAGGAAAUCAGACGCCGGUCACACGAUUGCCUACCGCUGGGCACGACUUAACCCGCCAUUUGUGCGUUCAGACCCGAAACGCUCUCUUUUUUUUUUGUGGUAGUUUGAGUGUUUUUCUUUUUUU